UUUACCUAAGUUUGUUUAUGUGUUUGUGACUUUUGGUGAAACUUCCUGUUUUUGUGAUUUUACGAAGCCCAAAAGCAACUUCUGAACCAAAGGAUAUUCGCAGGAGGAUACCUACUACCUAGUUCCUACAGUUCUGCUGGAUAAAGCUGGUAAUAUUGUCCAAAGGGAGCACUGCACAAAAGCCAGUCAAGUAAAUGUCAUGCAGUGUGGUGAAGAAAAGUUCCUUGUUCUCAGCAUGAUUUCUGUUCAGUAAAAUACCAUCCAGUUUUGUCUUGUCAUAAGAUAAGCUAUAUCCUUGUGGCUUCUGUAGGCAAGAGCAAGACAAAGGCUAUACUAUCGAACUGCAUCACAUUUUGAAACAUAUUGUGCUUCAAAAACAGCAUAAAAAUUAAUAAAGUUAUAAAGACUAAAGCUCCCCAUGGUUCAAAGACAUUUUUUCAAAUGACAAUUUAUGUUGAUUAUAUUCAGUGAUUUUGUUGGCACUUGAGUAUAAUUUGUAUCCUUUUAAGAAUACAGUAUUGCCUUUUAAUACCAUUUAAGUAGACUAGCUUGAUUCAACAUAGGAUGUAUGGAAAUAAGUUAUGAUUUGUACACAAUAAGUUACCAAUGAUAUAGAUAACGACUGCAGAUACUGUACAAAAGAAUAUGGAUUGCUAUUUGAAAUUUAUCACAGGAUUUCACCUUUAUUAUUUAUAAAAGACAAACCAGGUCUUAGAUUUGACAAAUUAAUAUUGCUCUGUAAAGUUUGAAAUGAAUGAAUUCAGCUCCUGUUUUGAUUUAUUACUCAAGGCUUUAUUCAUAGGUAAAGGUAAUUAUCUUGUAAAGGAACGGAAUAUGUGCACUGGUUUAAAACCCGAGGAACUGACACUGUUUACACAAAGCUAUCUUAUUUGUAUUCCUGUUUUAAUCAGAGCAUAGUUAUCUAAUUAACUUUAUAUAUCUGUAAUAAUUUAUAGAUUUAAGUUUUAGGACAAAGAUGCAAUCAUUGUAGUGAAAGGAAUUACAAAAGUUACUUUGGUUUGCUAUAAGUGGUAAAAUUAACAUAUGUAAAGCUUUACUUUGGCAUAAUUUUCAUUAAAAAAGAUCAUACGUAAUUUCCAUUUUAUAAAAUGGAGAAUAAGCAUGAAAAUCCACAGAGAUUUGUAGGUGCACAGGGAAAAUACGAGAGUUUCCCAAUAAAUUCUCUUUGUGGAGAAAAUAAAUCAGAAAUGCAUUUGGCUGAGAAAACUCUCAAUAAGGAAAGUUGUUUUCCACCUUAUAAAUUGGAAAUCAAAGCUGAACAUAUACAAGAUUUUGAAGAAAGUUGGGAGGAAAGUAUUCAAGAAAAUAAUGACCAGACAAACUCUUCCCAAGCAGGAACUCAUUGUUUUGAAAUGGACGGUACAGCUGAUGAAAAUAGACCAGAAAUGCCUUUGGUUUUCAAUGCUCUGAGUGAGGAAUCCAAAAAGAUAUUCAUUUCUGGAAAUAAUCUACCCCCUGCUGAGAGGGUUAACAAAAGCAAAAACCAGUUUGAGUGUAAUUUGUGUGGGAGACAGUUUAGUCACAAGGGUAACCUUAACUCGCAUUUGAUGACACACACAGGAGAGAAACCAUUUUUUUGUGAGGAAUGUGGGCAGAGAUUCAGCCGGAAAUAUCACCUAGUCGUUCACAAAAAAAGAACCCAUAGAGGUGAGAGACCAUUUCCCUGUGAGCAAUGUAAUAAAAGAUUUUUUGCAAAGAACUCUUUGCAAAAACACAUGAAAACACAUGUGAAUACAUGUACAAGGGAAAAGCUUUUUGAUUGUCUUGAGUGUGGAGAGUCGUUUUGUGUGAAAGUAGAUCUUGAACUGCACUUGAAAAUCCACACUGGUGACAAGACAUUCCGAUGCAGUGAAUGUGGUAAGAAUUUUACUAGGAAGUACGGAUUACUUGCGCACGUAAGGCUCCACUCAAGUGAGAAGCCGUUGGUUUGCAUUGAAUGUGGGAAACAUUUUGUUGGGGAACCAGAACUGAGGAAACACAUGAGGACCCACGAAGACAAGUUGCUUGUUUGUGAGGAAUGUGGUGAGAGGUUUAGGCUAGAAUCUGCUCUUAAUAAACAUAAGAGAAUUCAUACAGGAGAGAAGCCAUAUUCUUGCGAUGAGUGCGGCAAAGCUUUUCGAUUUCAUUCGGGCCUUUACCAGCAUAAGCAAAUGCACAGCGGAGGAAGGUCAGUCAUUUGCCAAGAGUGUGGGAAAGGCUUUAUCAGCCAAAAAUGUUUAACCAGACAUACGAGGACACACUCAGGAGAAAGACCUUUUGUUUGUGCAGUGUGUGGAAAACGGUUUGUUGAGAAAGGCGAUCUUACUCGCCACACCAGAACGCACACAGGAGAGAAGCCCUUUGCUUGUGGUGUUUGUGGGAAAAGAUUUAGUCUUAAAUUUGAAAUGACCAAACAUGAGAAAACACAUAGAGUAAAGCCACAUGUUUGUUAGGAAUGUGGUCAAGCUUCUCUUAUGAGAUACGUGAAACACUUUUGAAACCCCAUACAGGAAGGAAGUCAUGUGCUUUGUGCUUGUAAUGUUGUAGUGUUGCAGAGAAUGUUGGAUAAGAUUCCACAAGAAUGUUGGCCUGUCCAAGUGCACAAAAUAUUAUAUUGGGGAAAUUAUAUUUGUUUGUAUGGAAUAUGAGAACGAGAAUAGGUUGACCAGAAGUGAAGCUAAAAUGAGACAGAGAGCCCUCAUUGCGGUGGAGAGAAGAAAGACAGAAAGUAGGAAAGGGUUUGGUUAGUGGCUGGCUGAAUUGUGUUUGGUGGUCCUGUUAAAAGAAGCAUAUCAAGUGUGAGAGCUCAAUAUUCCAAGUAGGGACAGGUACUGCCAGUUAACAAAACAGCUGUAGCAACUGAGAAGAAAAGCAUAAGUUAUCUUUACAAACACUCAACCCCAGUAGCUGAUUCUGCAGUUUGAAUUAUUUGAGUUCUACAGUUGCAAAGUAAAUGUAAGCACAGUGUAUCGAUCGAGUAAAAAGGCUGAUUCAUGUUUUCAUGAAUUCUGUCUUCCAGUCUGCUUAGCUGGUUUCUACCCUCACUUAUAGCUGAUGAGAUUUCCUUGAGAUAUAAUUAAAAAUGUAGAAAAUCAGUUUUUUGCGAGAAAUUUAAAAAAGUUAUAAUAUAUGCAAUUUAAUGAGAGGUUGAUGAAUGUGUUAAAAAUCAGUUUUACAAAUGUCAUCCAAAAGAAUUGAUUCAUGCAUUAUGGGCACCUCCUGAUUGACACUUUUCUAUAGCUCCAAUAUUCUAUGAAGAAUAUUGGUGAACAGAUAUUCAACAGCUGCCAAUUCUUUGCUCAGUGGAGUCUCUUAGACAGUUUAUGCACUGUACUGAUGUAUAAUUAUUGUUACCAGUCUAAGAGUAUUGAACUGUUUGUGCCUACAUGUAGACAUAUAACGUACGUACAUCUUGUUCUAUCCCCCCACAUAUAAAAAUACCAUGCUUUCAUUCCUGCAAGUACAGGUUGCAGUUCCAACUACAUUGAUAGUUAUUUUUUUUUAACAUUGUAAUAUGGAUUGCACUUGUAUUUCUUUUUACCUUACGAAGCAGUGUGUGCAGGGCCAUUUUUUGAGUUUGUGGAUCUUCCAUAUGUAAACUGUUACAGAGUUUCUAACCUAAUUUAGAAAUAUGAAGCAUAUGUUUUCCUUAGAUUGUCCUGUUAUAAAUCAUCUAGUGCAACAUGACCUUUAUUGAGAACUGUAUCACUUAGUUGUUUUAAUGACAAACUUGUAGAUGAUUAUCUCACUUUUGUUAUUGUAUUUCUCCAAGCAGUUGUUAUGUAUUCUUAACAUAGUAAUAAGGGCAUCUGAUCUAUGCUUGUACCUUUUAGUAUUUAUAAUGGCAGA